UCCUGUGAUACAUACAAGUACGAGUAUUUACGGGUGUUUAAUACUCGUAUUAACCAAAAUCCAUUCGUUAUGGCGUGGCCUGCGGUUUUGAAGAUCACGGCACAACCAUCGCCGCAUUAUAAAUUCUUCCCAUUAAGCAAGGGGCUUGGUGCACCUCUGAAUGCGACAGAGCUGACAUUAACGUGCUCUAAGCCAAUUACCAGUCGGAUACAGCUUGUGUGUCAAUUGGUUCAGCAGUACAAAGGUUAUGAUCGUUAUCUUGUAUCUCCAAACACACUCCAAUAUGUGGGAAAUGACAGCAAACUAAACUUUGAGCCAGUAUGUCUUGAAAUAAAGGCCGUUGAUAGUGAGCAUAUCACUUUCAAAUUUGUAUUGGGCAGCUAUUGCAUUGCUAAGACUAAAGAUACAGAAGUAAUAGCACACUUAGAGGAACUGAAGAAAAAUGUAACUCCUGAUUUGGUUCAGUUGCCACUGGAUGAAGUGAUUACCCAGAACUUUGAAAGGAAUGAUAUGGUUGCUUUAGCUUUUACACCCUUUAUAAUAGAAGGCGCCAAUCGGUGCAAAAUCGGAGAAACAGUCUUCUCGACAGGCAUUCUCAAUGCGAACGAGCGAGUAAACAUCAUCCAUUGUUGCAAUGAGAAAAUACCCUUUUGUUGUAAAACGAUGUUGCAUUUGGUACUUUCCGACGUUGCAAAAGACUAUCAGAUUAAAUUGUUUAAUGAAGAAAGACAAUGGGAGUCGGCGCUUAUUAAGCCCACAUCGAAUGAAAAACUCAAGGCAAAAAGUAUACUAGUUUAUGAAGCGCCAAAAUAUGAUGGCCCCAGUUCGUCAAUUGAUACUGUUGUUGCUUGCAAGCUGAAGCUGUACGAUGGGAUCGAAGAGCUGGAUGAAACGGAUGUUAGUUUUGUCGGAGUGGCCAAAAAUAAUUCGGAUGUUUCAAUUCCAACCGAUUUGGAAGUACAGCGUUCGCUAGGUGCAGAGGUGAAAAAUUUACAAAAGUUGGUGUCUGAAUUUUUAAACCUGCUACCGCCAUUAAUUAAAAAGCCCACAACUAUGGAAACACGGAUUCUGAGUGAUUUACUUACGAAACUGUUUAAGGAAGACACCAACAUAAAACUCCGACACAGAGCUUUGCAAUUUAUUAUAGAAUAUGGUUCUAUGGAUCUGCUGAUACGAUUAAACUUGUUGUCUGAGUUUGUUUGGGCCACGAACGGAAGGGAGCUUCAUAGUCCCGGCGUCUAUUUAUUGCCCACAAUUUGCCCUAAAUGGGUUAAUCGUAACCAAUACAAUACAAUAAUAGUCCUUUUAGGUUUUUAUAAUUUCCGCACGAACGCUCGUAUAUACUGGAUGAAGAACUUUAUUAAUUGGUCGAAAUCAAUACAAUGUCCUGAGAUUUCAGGGAAUGCCUUUGUCAAGCUAAAUGAUUGGGUUAAGCAAAUCGAACAUUCAAGAGUUCGUGGAUCAUUUCGAGAUUUUAUAUUGGUUUUUACUGGGAUCGAUUUCGUACCAUCACUGAAAGAAUAUGACAAAUUGAUUCAAAAUAUAUUUUAUGAAGACGAUGCUUUUAAAGACCAUUGGGCUUUUUUGUAUAAAGUAGUCAAUUCGGAAAACAAUGAACUUUGCAACAUUAGUAAACAGCUUUGCAAAUUGGUACUUCAGAAUAAAAGAAGUGAUGUUAACAACAUGAGCAUUGUGGACAAGGUUAACCAACUCGUAAAUUAUGAACCACGUGUCUCAAAACACGGCUGGUUCCGUUUCAUAGCAGCGUUUAUCUCAUCAUGCAACUUUGAUGAUAAUCCUUCUCCAUGGCAUCUCUGUCGCAAGGCAUACGGUUUGGAUGAAGAGUUUCUUUCCGAAUGUACAAGCCUAAGAGACAUUCAGGAACACUUUCUUGACAAAUUAGAGUGUACAACAGAAGAAGAGCAGGAAUUUGUUCGGAUGAAAAGUGUCGAUUAUUUUGUCAUAGAGAGAGUCAAUGCGUGGGGCCAGCUAAGAAGGUUCCGACUGGACCCUUCUAAACUUCUUAAAGAUGGCUCAAAACUGAUUACAUAUAAGAUGGCCAUUUUGUUCAGUGAAAGUACCUUGGCAAAUGAAAGUGUCCUUUUCCAAAUGCUUCGUUCGGCAAUGGAAAUUAAUAUUUCCAUGGGCAACCUAUGCUAUGAAUCAAAAACACUGUUUGGACAAGUUUUAGAGCAUAGGACGGAAGAUCCUACCGAUGAAACGAUUUUGAACUAUGCAGAGGCAAUUUUGAAACUUACGGCACCUUUCAAUGUAUGGCCUUAUAUGAUGUAUAAAUAUAUAGACGAUUCUGAAUUACUGGCGCGUUUCAUUAUCGAAAAACUGCUUCCCUAUGAAGUUCCGGCAGGAGAUGAAUGGUCGAUGGAUAUUAAAGGAUUCGACAUCUUACCUCUUAAAGUAAAUAAAGGCUUCAUAACAAAACUAAUAAGAGAGCAUAAAAAAUACUCAGAAGAGAAGCCGAAAUACGUUCGCAACUCGAUGGAUCAUUUAAUUAAAAUACGAAUAGGCAGAAUCUUAUUGGCUUGUCGUACUACCAAUAGUUGGGAAGAUGAAUGGUGGACUUUAGUUCAGGCACCAUAUGAUCAUCCAAAUGUUAAGUACAUGUACGAGUGCUUCUUGGCGCAACACAUUACCUAUGAUGCCUUAAUGGGUCGCUUGAGGACGUUUGGGGAAGAGCAUGAGAACAAUAAACUAUCGCUUAUAUCUGUUGUGCACAUUUAUAUCGAUACAAAACUGAGCUCUUUUGAAACAUGGAAAGAAAUGAUAAUGAAACUUCAAUUGGAGACAGAAAUAAGCGGCUCCCAAUUACAUCAUAGAUAUGCUAACUUGAUAAGAAAUCAUGUUUCCAGGAGCGAAAAGGAAAUAGAAAAUACAAGAGAACAGAUACUAAUUUAUUAUGAAGACGAGGGUAUACGAUUUUUACUACCACAUUUAAUUAGAUUACAAAACGGCCAUUUGAUUGUUUCCAAUACUUUAUUAAAUAAGACUUUUGCGCCAUCAAGUGAAUAUUGGGAUCAUGAUGAGUGGCGUGAGUUACUUAAACCGCUUAUUCCAUGGCUCGGUGACGAUGAUAAUGUAGAAGAAUAAUCAUCCCAUAAACAUACA